UUCUUUCGAAUCAUUACAAUCGUAAAUUCUAUACGGAUUUUUAAAAUUAAAAAAAACUUGUUCUUAUCACAUUUAAAUAUAUUGAGCAUCAUGUCUAUUCCGUUCAAUAAGAAGUACAAGCUUGAAAGGAGCGAAAAUUUCGAUGACUUCCUUAAAGAAUUAGGUGUCAAUUACUUAAUUCGCAAGAUGGCUGGAUCAACAACCUCAACAGUCGAGUUAGUAAAGGAAGGCGACAAUGAUUAUAGCUUCAAUACCACAUCUACAUUUCGAUCACAAUCCAUCAAAUUCCAGCCAGGCGUUGAAUUUACAGAAAAACGAAUGGAUGGACAAGAAAUUCCUUGCGUUAUAACAUUCGAUGAAAAUAAGAUGAUACAAGAACAGAAAGGAGAUAAGAUUGUUACUUUAAUAAGAGAAUUUACUGAUGAAGAACUCUUCUUGACAUGUAAAGUAGGAAAUGUAGAGGCAAAAAGAUGGUUUAAAGCAUGUUAGACUUCUCUAAUACCAAUUUGAUUAUGCCGAAA